CGCUUUUACAUCGAACACACCAUAAGGCUUCAGACGGAAGGAUUGAAUACAGUACAUCUAUGUUUAUCUUUAAUUUUGGAGACUUGUGAAUCAGCUCGCCGUUUGUUUCAGAUUGUACGAAAAAGAUGUCUUUAGCUCACGUCGUUGUGCUUAUGGCUUUAGUUGACACUGGAGGUGCUGGUUGCAGCAGAAUAGACUGGACGGAAAGUUGGAAAGAAACUGGAACAUCAAUGUGUAAUAACCAAAAUGAUAUUAUCUCUGGCUUUUAUCGAGCUGCCUUCACGAGUGAUGAAAAGGACAGUGUAGAUUUAAUAGAAGGAGUUGAAUGUUGUUCGACAAAUUCACCAUGGGACAAAUCAAGAACACAAACAAUGAUUGCUAAUUGGUGGUACUCGUUUAAUAAAGAAAACUCCUGGUCACUCUGUCCUACUGGUUAUUUUCUUAACGGUUUUUUCAGAACGAGAUACAGUGACGGUGGCUAUUUGGAAGACAUAAAAGAGGGACGUUGUUUUAAACCAGCUGACCACCCAACAUCUUAUAGUGACUGUUAUAAACACGACAUUAGGAAAUGUUUUGCUAACAAAGGUUUGUGUAAAUGUAAUGAUGGUUACUAUGUCACUGGUUUGUACAAGGUGAACUGUAAUAGACUUUAUUGUAUAGAGACUUUGCGAUGUUGCAAGCUGGUGUCUGCACCAGAAGUACUGGACGAGCUCUACAAGGUGAAGACACGCAUCAUGGACACUACCAUGCAGGACAUUGCUUAAUUUUCGAAGCAUCUCGGAUACCGCUGGUGUGGAGGUUGUAAAAGCAAUUUUAUUGGCGAGGAUUUUGUUAGAGACGGCGACACAUGGUUUUCAAAUAUCUGUCGUGGCUAUUGGCAUGAACUACGCCUCAAUAUGGCUUACGGCGACUGGAGCUUCGCUAUAAAAGACAUCAAAUACGGAUCUCCCAUUAUCCAAAACUUAGUACCAGAAACUAUAGACUCGGGGACUUUUUAUAACAAUGACGUGACGAAUGCUAUGAAGACUAUUAUACGAAGUGAGACCAGCGUUCGCACAGUCACCCACACGACAACCAGUUCUUGGAAAAACAAUCUUGAACUAAACAUCCAAGUUACUUACAAUCCACCAGGAGCGGGAAUUAGUGCUGGAUACAAGUUUGGAUAUGAGACAAGCAUUUCUACACAAAAUGAAAAAAGUGACAAAACAACAAAGAAUUUUACAAUUUCUACAAGUAAAAAUAUUAAUGCAUAUUCUGCUGCCAAAUGGAAAUUUAUCGUUGCAAAAACACGAACUUCAAUAACGUACACGGCUACAAUCAUAGCCAGGUUUUCUACCGAGCUUCAAGGCCUUCUUCGUGGGGGUGAUGGAAAGCACGAUACCUACACAAAUUAUCAUAACAAGUAUCAUGGUAGGGAAAGUGAUUCAAGUGUGAACUACAAGUUUGGCAGCUCCAGCGUCCCAUUUUACACAGACCUAAAGCAACAGAGCGAUACAAGUUCACAGCCUUGGUUGUGGAACGACCUGAGAAACGCGUAUCCAGGAUUUCAACAAAUGGUAAAUGACUUGUGCGAUGAGAAUCGAUACGCCUUUCAACUUACUGGCAGGUUUGAUGAUGUUGUUGGUACAAGUGGAGAUUUCACCUGGGAAGCUCUACAAUUAAGUAAACGAUCAGCAGACCGUUUCAAGCGUGUUCCUGACCGCAUCUUCCAGAAUUCAACGCAUGUCGCUAGGGCUUUGCCUAAUGAUGUUCCUCCAGUUAAACUUGAUCCUCCUUAAGUGGAUCUUCUAGCUUCAUUAAUUUCCGGUGGAAACAUCUUUGACAUG